AUGCCUCCGGCCGGCGGUGCCCGCGCGCUGCCCCGCAGCCUGUCCCGCCUGCGCCCGUGCCCCGGCCGCUCCCGCGUGGUGCUGGCGCUCGGGGCCACGCAGAUGGCGCUCGGCUGCCUCAUCGUGGCCGUGAGCUUCGCCGCGCUGGCGCUCACCACCUCGGCCCGCGUCCGCCACUCCUGCCCGUUCUGGGCCGGCUUCUCGGUGCUGCUGUCAGGACUCAUUGGUGUCGUCUCCUGGAAAAGGCCUCUCUCCCUCGUGGUCACCUUUUUCAUGCUGCUGUCCGCCGUGUGCGUGAUGCUGAACUUGGCCGGCUCCAUCCUCUCCUGCCAGAACGCUCAGCUCGUCCGCGCCCUGGGAGCCUGCCAGCUGAUUAAGUUUGACAGCGUGGAGGUGUGCAUCUGCUGUGAGGCGCAGCACCCGGCGGCCGGCUGCAGCAACCUCGGGGAGACGCUGAAGCUGAACCCGCUGCGGGAGGACUGCAACGCCGUGCGGCUGACCCUCAAGGACCUGCUCUUCAGCGUGUGCGCCCUCAACGUCCUCUCCACCAUCGUGUGCGCCCUGGCCACCGCCAUGUGCUGCAUGCAGAUGGUCUCCACCGACAUCCUGCACCUGUUCCUCCCACACAGGGCGCAUCCCACCAGCCCUGCCUGCGUGACCCCGCACGGCACCAUCCUCCACCAGACGCUGGACUUCGAUGAGUUCGUCCCCCCGCUGCCGCCUCCCCCCUACUACCCUCCCGAGUACACCUGCACGCCCACGGCCGAGGCCCACAGGGGCCUCCACCUGGACUUGGCUCCCGCUCCGUUCGGCACCUUGUACAGCGUGGCCAUCAACAGCCCCGGCCUGCUCUACCCCGCGGAGCUGCCCCCGCCCUACGAGGCCGUGGUGGGCCCGGCCCCGCCCAGCCAGGUCCCGAGCACAGACCAGCAGGGGGCCCAGACCAGCUCCCGGGACCCCGACGCCUCUGCCGGCUUCUGCGCCCAAGAGAGCACCAGCCGCCCAGGCUCCCAGGGUGGCACUGCGCCAGGCCCCAGCCACCUGUCCCCCGAUGGCCCCGCGGGGGCCCCGCCACCAGCCCGGCACCCCGGCCUCGCCUCCCCCGGGGACCCCAACGUGGGCACACGGACACCUCCGGGCCCUGGCCGCCUGGCCCGCUCCACCAGCGACCCCACCGCGUGCUCCUCCGGGGCUGCAGUCUCCCGGUCUCGCUCUGCCGUGGCUGCCUGCGCCCGCCGACACCAGCCGUCCCCACCCGGGCACCCCGACACCUGGGAACCGCAGCGGCGCCCGGAGCCCGAGGCCUCGCCUUCGGUCGCCAAACAGCGGCCGCGCUCCGUCGUGGACAGCAAGGCCCACGCGGGCCCCGGGGGCCUGGUGGCUAAGUUUCUGGGGCGCUCCAGCUGCCCCCUCGCCCCGGCAGAGCGCCCCGUGGAGGGGGCCGGCUUCAGCGCGGCCGUGCUGGACCAGGUGUGACCGCCCAGCUGUGGGCGCGGACACGGACAGGCUGGCGUCAGAGGGGCCUGCGGGAGCCGUGCUCGUGGGGGUGGCUGCUGGCCCCUCUCCCAGGGGGAGCCGGUCCAUCGUAUCCUUGGGGGACACACGGCCUGCCCAGCCCAGUCACACCGAGGAGGACCGUCCGUCUCGUGUCCCGUGGGAACCCUGGUCUUGUCAGGCACAUGGGCUCGGACUGACCAGCGGCACAAGCAGCCGGGGGCAGGCGACUGCCGGGUAAUGAGGACGCGAAGUACUUCCCGCCCGGAUCCUCCCGGUCUGGUUCCCAGACGUGGACAGAGGUGGCCCGGAGGAGGAGGCUGCUUUCUCCUGACCUGGCCCCGCUGUGCCCGCGGGCUGAAGGGCACCGUGCCAAUGUGCAAAGGGCAGGCGUGGCAGGGGCUUUGUGGGGAGCCCAUCUCAGCCCUCCCCCCGCGGGGGCCUCGCCCCGGCGCGCUCUC